UGGUCGACUGCAACAGCUGCUGGGCAGGUGUUGAUUGUCUCGGCUACACAAUAUAAAUAAAAAAUACGAUUAUUCCAUAAAAACACAGCAGGAUACGCGUUCCGUCACACUAUAAAAUUGCUAUUAAUAUUACAAAUAUUUUUUUUACAAGUGAAAACCCGUGACCCUCGCUAAUAUAGGUACUGUGAAAAUAAAAUUUGGCGAAAAUAUUUUUCUAUGAAAUAGGCCAUACGCUAAAGACAAUGGAUGCAACGGGGUCUAUAAAUAACGAAGCCACUUUGGAUAGUAUUGAAAAUGAAGAAGAAGUUAUUGACGAUUCAGAAGAACGGGAGCUAGUGACGGAUUCAUGUUCGACGAAAGUCUUGGAUAAUUCUGAACAGCCGCGAGACCGAUAUUGUAUAGUGUACAUACUAUUCUAUUUAUUUGGAGUGACUUCGUUAGUACCAUGGAAUUUCUUGAUCACGGCUAAUGAUUAUUGGAUGUACAAGUUCCGCGACGUGACGCCCAACAAUCUGACCAUGGAGGUGCGCAAGACUCAGUUCCAGGCGGAGUUCACCUCGUACUUGAACGUCGCCACCGCCAUACCGAACUUGAUCUUCCUCAUACUCAACUCCGUGUUUGGACAUCUAGUGUCCGUGAAGAGCAGGCUGCAGGGCUCACUGAUCGUAGUCACCAUAGCGUUUCUGGUGACUACGUCGCUGGUCCAGGUUGACACUGAUGAGUGGCAGAACGGGUUCUUCAUCAUCACUAUGGUCACUGUUGUCAUCAUGACUGGUGCCGCUGCAGUCUUCAUCGGGGGUUUAGUGGGGAUCGCGAGCCGCUUCUCAAAAGAAUACAUGGCGGCUGUAGUAAGCGGGCAAUCACUGGGUGGCAUCAUCGCAGCCAUAGCGCAGAUCAUAUCCCUGGCCUUCAAAAUAUCACCUCUCCACACUGCGCUGAUAUAUUUCAUCAUUGCUGACGUCAUGGUUAUUACGUCAUUAGUGUCCUACGUCUGUCUAUACAAGAUAGACUUCUUCACGUAUCACAUUCUGCGAGGUUCGGGCGGUAUGGCCACGAAUCGGCAUAGGGAGGUGUCCAUGGUCAGCAUCUUGAAGAAGAUAUGGGUGUACGCGUUUAGUAUCUUCACGGUGUUCGCUAUAAGCAUGGCUGUGUAUCCAGCAGUGACUGUGCUGGUCGAAUCGCAUCCAGUCACAAAAGGAACGGAUUGGAACAACAUAUAUUUCGUUCCGGUGGUGAAUUAUUUGAUCUUCAACUGCGGUGACUAUGCGGGCCGUCUUGUCGCCGGGUUUUUGUUACGGCCGGACAACCAGUGGAUAAUAGCGGGCGCGAGUAUCCUCCGCGUGGUGGGAGUGCCGAUGCUGAUGUUGUGCAACGCGCAACCGCGCCGACACCUGCCCGUCGUGUUCCUGUGGGACUGGGAGUACAUCAUCAUCAUGAUCAUCUUCGCCUUCACGAAUGGAUACCUCACCAACAUCGUCAUGAUUAAUGCUACCAGAGUGGUAGAUCUGCAUGAAAGGGAGAAGGCGUCCUCUGUGAUUGCGACAAUGCUCAGCGUCGGGUUGACGGUCGGCGCGGCGGUCGGUAUGCUGCUUGUGCAUCUACUAUAAGUAUAUGCUUAGAUACAAUGGCUAAACGAUUCGUUUUUAUUAAAAAAAAAGUGGUUGGCCAACUAGUUGGGCGAAUGGAUAUUAUCUUACAAAAGUGGUUGGUCAACUAGAUAUUACAUUAAAAAAGUGGUUGGCCAACUAGUUGGACGUCUGGAUAUUAUAUUGCAAAAAUGGUUGACCAACUAGUUGGACGACUGGAUAUUAUAUUACAAAGUGGUUAGCCAACUAGUUGGUCGACUGGAUAUUAUAUUUUUGCAAUCAGUUCACCGACAAAAUUUUAAUUGCCGUACUAGUUGGUUAACUGAUUUAAUAAUUUAUUGUCAUGUUUGACAAAUCUAAUAGAAAAAUCUGUACUUACAAUACAUGUAUACAGAUAGCGUGUCGUUUCGUUAGUAAUUUCAAUUAUAAGGACUAUACGCUGGCGGACUUGAUCACUUUUAAUUGUGAAUGGAUGAAUAUUAUAUGGAAAAGUUUGCCAAUUAAGUUGACUAUGCUGUAGGUGUAUGUAUAUUUAUUAUUUAUUUUAAUACACAAUCUGAACACAAUCUUUAGAUUAAGCGAGAAUAAACCAAUCAAAAUGCGUGGUCUAUAAGCUGUCAAACACACAGUAAUCUGAUUGGUAAAUUUUUAAAACCGAUCCAAAUAUAAGAAUCGAUUAUAGAAAUCGGCUGCAUAAAAGUAUUAAAUUGACAUUAUUUUUACGUAACUCGAAAAUAUAAGAAUUGGUACUUGAUACAUUAAUCACGUAGUUAUAGUUAAGCUCAAAAACAGCGGUUAUAAACGCACUACUCAUAUCGUAUGUAUAAAAAUAACACCCUGUGUAUUUAAAUUUUUGAUAUAUUCUCUACGAAUGUAAAAAAUAUUCUUAAGGUCAAGCUUUACUAGAGAUUAGGAAGCUGUACGCCAUAUAUACAACACGUAAGUUGCAUUCAUGCGUAAUACUGUUUUGACAAGUGACAGCUUAAACUUAAGUCAUUUUUUACUAUGGCAACUUAUAGCUGGCUCAUUAUUACAAGAUUCUAUGUAUAUUUAUGUUGGAAAAAUAAGAUUUAUUUGUCAUGUUCGUAAAAUUUGUAAGAUAAUAAUUCAUGGUUUCUUCUUUAUUUUUCUUCAGGGAAUAUAUAUAUUUUUUUUUUUACUGAAAAAGACGGAAAAAAUAUAACAAAUAUAGAUCCUUGUAACAGUGAGCCAGUGAUAUUCUACAUCGCUGGUAACUCUCAAUUAUUUAUAUUUUAAGGCAUAUUAAUAAAAAUAUUGUAAUAUAGCAUAUCAUAAACAUUGACUCAAAUACAUAGGAUAUACGAAUAAUGACUCCUUUAUAACCGGAUUCCCAAAGCACAUUCCUUCUAGCCGCCGUUUUCAAUAAACAAUCCCAAUCGCUUUGUUCGAUCUAUCUCAAAAAUGGACCAAUCAGAACAGUUUUUCUGAUAAGCAAAUGUUAUUUUGAUUGGUUCAUUCUCUGAAUCGGAUUAAAGAUUGAGAUGGAGAUCGUUUAUUGAAAACAGCUGCUAGUGAUAUCAAUCUUGCAUUAAUAAUUUACUUAAUUUAAAAAGUUUAACUGCCUUUGUUAAGCGCUUAAUCAUUUUACCUCUUUGUUUUGUUUCGUGCCACUCUUAAAUGAAUGGAAAGUGAUACUGAUUCGAUCGAUUGCGUUUAACAGGUUUCUAGAUCCCAAUGUCAAAAUAAUUAUUCCAAGGUUUUAGAUAAUUUUGGAUACUAGCCUAUGUGUCUUGCCGAUCAAUGUAAUAAGUGUCUAUAGAUAAAAUAAUUAUAAGAUGUACUUAAUAAUAACGCAACCACAAAAUAGCAUUUUUAAUAUCAUUUAUUCCCAUAUUUGUCUCGAAUAACUUAUCAAAGCGGCUGUAAUGAUGUAGUUAUAUUUUAUGGGUUUCAACAGUAACCUUUAACUAUUAAAUGUUUUGUCUCUUUCUUCCUUUCUUGAGGUAUAGGAAUGAAAGAGACAGAACAUUCGACAGAUAAAAUGGUUUUGUAUGAAAGUAAACGAAGUAUAUACUCGUUAAUUAUAAGUAUAAUGUGUAUAGUUAAAUAUUAAUUGAUAUUGUGUUAUUCUGUGUCAUGUAUUGAGUAGUUGCUUUUUAUGUAAUUCUAUGAGAAUAUUGGGUAUAAAAAUAUCGUGUUUGAAAGAUCAGUUAAUCUAUAUUGAAAAUAUUUAAAAUAUUAUGCAUUUGUGACUUUUUCCAGUGUAUGUUUAGGAAUGUUGUGUUUUAAUAAUAGUGCAAAAUAGAGUAAUGUCGAAAGCAACAGGUUGAUAUCAAAAUAAUCUGUCCUUUUUACUGUAGCAUUCUUUAUAUAUUGUAUAUGUUGACAUUCUUACCAUUCCAUCCGUUCCUAUUAAUUUAUUGCAUUUUUUGACAUUAUACUUUGCCUUAUUGCAGAGUACUAAAUACAACCAAUUUUUAUUUAUUAUGCAAGUAGUUUGAAUAUGACGAAUAACAGUGGGUGUAGAUAAAUGAUUGUGGUUACCAGUUUCAUUUUUAAGUUAAUUACGUUUUAGGUAAUUAGUUAGCAGAAGGAGGUGUAAAUAAUAUAUGUUUUUUUAAAAUAAGUUCGAUCUCAAAUAUGUUUUAAUUUUUGUAAACGUAAUCAUUGCACACUUCGAUACCUCAGUUCCAAAGUGUACAAUGUCAAUAUUUUACCUUUUUAAGUUUAAAUUAUAAAACUGAAAUAUCAUAAGUAUGUUAAGUUUGUAAUUUACUCAGAAUACUUCUGUAGUAGCAAAGGAGAAUGCCCAUUUUUGUAUGAAAGUUGGGCUACGCUUGCGUCUGUACAAAACCUUUACUAAACUAUAGGGAAUAUAUCCUAAAUCUUAUAUAAAUUAAAAACAAUUGGAUAUUCGAUGGGGGUUCGGAGUAAUCAGAAUUUUAUUAACUCGGUUAUUUUGAGGUUAAGUAUGGACUGCAAUAAUGUACGGUAGAAAGUACCUACGUGUCUAAUUAAGUUCAGUAUUGCAGUACCUACUUGAUAUUGCUAUAAACAAUUAUUGGACAUUCUUUUCACUUAGCUUUAAUCGCCCUUAUAAGAAACUGAUAGGUAUUAACAUAUCUGAUAAGACGAAGCUCCAAUAAAACUUCUAAGAUAGUAUGGCGGAAUAUGAAUUUUUCCACUAAGCAUAUACUACCCGACCCUUUGUGUAAGUACAUAUUUUUCUGACUUAUGACUUAUUCUAUUACAUGGAUUAACUUAAUCUUUAUUUUCACCUACCAUUAUCUCAUUUCAAUAUGGCUCCAACAUAUAUUGUAGAAUAAAUUCAGCUUAGUUUUUAUGACCGGCCGCAUGCCUGAUGCCAACCCUCUUUGGAGGAUUCCGAUCCCAGGCAAGUCAUGUCAGAAACACCGAGAUAAAAUGUUGCUUGGCCUGGAAAUCGAACAGGAACCCAGGAACUAACUCCACAGCCUAAUUAGACUAAUAGUUACUUAUCAUAGGAAAAUAAAAAUAAAACAAGAAAUACGAAAUCCGAUGUAUAUUUUUAUAUAGAUGUGUAUUUAUGAUAGAUAUGGCUUCCCAGAAAAC